AUGGGAGCUCUGCAUGCAGACAUUGAAUAUGUGCAGAUGCUUCAGCAGUGCUGCCUGGUGAAGCAGGGAGUUGCUCCCAUCUCGGAUGUCAACGACAACGCCCCCGUCUUCAACCAGAGCUCCUACACCAUGUACGUGCGUGAGAACAGUGCGGCCGCGGUGUUUGUUGGAGCCGUGAGCGCUGCAGAUGCUGACGUGGGGCUGAAUGGCAAGGUGAGCUAUUCCCUGGCAGCAGAGCAAGGGGCGGAGCGGCCCUGGUGCUCCUGCCUGUCUGUGGACUCGGAGAAGGGGCACGUGUUUGUGCUGCGGCCCCUGGACUACGAGCACUUGAGGCAGACGGAGGUGACGGUCAGUGCCUCUGACGCGGGCUCUCCUCCCCUGCGAGCCAACGUCACCGUCCGCCUGGUCGUGCUGGACGAGAAUGACAACGCCCCGCUCGUGCUGUACCCAGCCCAGGAGAGCAGCCCAGGCUCCAGCGAGCUGGUGCCCGUGUGGGCCGAGGCGGGCUACCUGGUCAGCAAAGUGGUGGCCGUGGAUGCGGACUCGGGCCAGAACUCCUGGCUCUCGUUCCAGCUGCUGAGGGCCAGCGAGCCAGGGCUGUUCUCCGUGGGCCUGCAAAGCGGGGAGGUGCGUCUGAGGAGGCCGGUGACAGAGAGAGACAGCGUGAAGCAGAAGCUGGUUGUGCUGGUGAGAGACAACGGCAAGCCCCCGCUGUCAGCCACGGCAGCUCUGAGCGCUCUCCUGCUCAAGGACUUCUCAGAGGUGCGCCUGCCGCACAGCAGCCCGGCCUCCGAGGACCAGGGCGGCUCCCUGACCACCUAUUUGAUCAUUGCCUUGGUCUUUGUCUCACUGCUCUUCCUCGUCUCCAGCGCCGUCUUGGUGGCUCGCAAGGUGUGCGGGAGGCAGGAGCUGAAGGCUGGCCCUGUGCUUUAUGCUGCCGACACCUUGCAGAGCGGCCUGGCCGAUGCAGCCGCUGCAGGGACCCUGCCCCGCGCCUAUUGCUACGAGAUCAGCCUGACCACGGGCUCGGGCAACAGCGAGUUCAAAUUCCUCAAGCCCAUCGUGCCCAGCCUGCCCCCUCAGCACUGCGCCGUGGGCCAGGGCCCGGAUGAGGAACAGGAUUUCCCCGGUGUCCCUGUCAGCAGCGAGGACAUGGCCCCAAACACUGCUGGGGCUCUCUCUGCAGGACAGUUCAACGCUCUUUCCUUUGACUAG